CUAAUAAACUCUUAUAAGCGGCGAGGAGUGCUUCUUCGAGCGGGUCACCUCGGGCACCAAGAUGGGCCUCAUCUUCGAGGUGGCGGAGGGCAGCUUCCUGGACAUCGACGUGGAGAUCACAGGACCAGAUAACAAAGGCAUCUAUAAAGGAGACAGAGAGUCCAGCGGGAAGUACACGUUUGCAGCCCACAUGGAUGGGACAUACAAGUUCUGCUUUAGUAAUAGGAUGUCUACCAUGACUCCAAAGAUAGUCAUGUUCACCAUUGACAUUGGGGAGGCUCCCAAAGGACAAGACAUGGAGACAGAAGCUCAUCAGAACAAGCUAGAAGAAAUGAUUAACGAGCUGGCAGUGGCCAUGACGGCUGUGAAGCACGAACAGGAGUACAUGGAAGUCCGGGAGAGAAGAGAGAACCGGGAA